GGCAGUCACGCAGGCAGGCAGCACAUGCGUGAUGCACGCUACCACGCGUACGAUGUUCUUGGAUCCAGGAGGAAAUGUGGCUGGUCUUUUGUGUGGCGUAUUGGGGAGCAUCAACAAUCAAUUCCAUUUCAAUACCAAGGGAAUUCUGCCAAGGAUAGUCGCUGUGAAGUUGCGGUUGGCUGUUGGAUGACUUGCCCCUCUCCUUUUCUGAAUGGUUGUGCUGACCAUCUUUUACCACCAAGAUCUCUGACGAAUCACAGUUCCACAUCAACUCAUUUAACUCUGUUCACGACUACUGUCAUGAUGACAUUGUAUUUGCUGCACUGAAUGGUUGUGCUGACACACAAUUACCACCAAGAUCUCUGAAACAGCUUAGUCGUUAACGUAAGAGAAAUUUGUCAAAUGAUGAUUACUAUUGGUCCGUGUUGUUGAUUUUAUGAAAAUAACCACCAAAUCUGAUCAGACAAUUUUUUUUUAGCUUCACUUUGUGUUUUGUACUUCAGUUGUAUGUCUACAUCACAUUUGUUUCCCUUCCCUAUCAGGCUUUGAGUACUUUUUCAUCAUGUGUUUUGACUGGAGAAAUUGGCUCAAAUAAAUAAAUGAAAUAAAAUUAA